GGAAGCAAUAUCGUUUCCCGAGCUGUUUAUGAAGGAUAACUCGUGUAAACUCGGAUUUCCUUGGAUGGCAUUGGACUACGCUGCCAGUCGGGGUUGGAAUAUAUCCUCUGAUCUGAUCUGAUGCCGGCUGAUUGUGGAAUAGUAAUCUGAAAGAAGGCAGCGACUCGCAGUUUCUUUUCUUUUUUUUUUUUUUGGUGCAUUGUGGAGUUGGAGACAUUCCUCUCUCUGGAUUCAGCCCAUGCUCUCUCCUCCCUUAUCUGUGCAUGCCAAAACAGAGAUCUCCACGAUUUUAUUCCUCCCUGCCCAGGUAAUUGGGUGAAUUCUAGUGAGUGACAGGCUGACCCUGCAGCAGUUGAUGGUCGGGCGGACCCCCUCAGAUGGGAUCAGUGUCCAGGGGGAGGUGGAGAAGGGGGAUAUGGGGAGCACUUGCCCCCACUAACGGGAUGGCCUCAUGGGCCUGGCUGCUGGCCGCUGUCCUGCUGUCCCUGCUGACCGUCAGCGUGGCCCGGCCGCCCCUCACCUCAACCAAGGAGGAGGAGGCCACUCUGGAACCUGAAGAGGCAUCGAACAAAUAUCAAAUUUCUAAGCCCACGGUGUGCUCAGUGCACCCGGGGGAGUUGCUGAAGCUGAACUGCCCACUGCCACCGACGGGGACCAUCACCUGGACCAAAGAUGGCAGUUCUCUGGGCACCAACAACCGCACGGUCAUAGAGCAGGAGGUGCUGCAGAUCCGUGAUGCCACGGCCAAGGAUUCUGGCCUGUAUACCUGCACCAGCGUGGGCAAAGACACGGUCUGCUUCAUAGUGAAUGUCACAGAUGCCAUCUCGUCAGGGGAUGACGAGGAUGAUACAGAGCGAUCGGAGGACACUGGUGCGGACGGAAAACAGAUAAGCGCUCCGUAUUGGACCUCGUCAGCUAAGAUGGAGAAGAAGCUACAUGCGGUGCCAGCUGCCAACACAGUCAAGUUCCGCUGCGCUGCAGAAGGCAACCCCAAGCCUAAGCUGCGCUGGCUUAAAAACGGCCGGCCUUUCCGCCAAGAGGACCGCAUGGGAGGGUAUAAGGUGCGUACCCAGCACUGGACCCUGAUCAUGGAGAGCGUGGUGCCGUCGGACAAGGGCAACUACACCUGUCUGGUGGAGAACGAGUUUGGAUCCAUCAACCACACCUACACCCUGGACGUAGUGGAACGGUCCCCUCACCGGCCUAUUCUCCAGGCUGGUCUCCCAGCCAACACCACUGUACACGUCGGGGAGGACGCCCGCUUCGUCUGCAAGGUCUACAGCGACGCCCAACCUCACAUUCAAUGGCUGAAACACAUCACUCAAAACGGUAGUCGCUACGGCACCGACGGACACCCCUACGUCCGAGUUUUAAAGACGGCAGGUGUUAACACCACAGAUAAGGAGAUAGAAGUUCUCUACUUGCCCAAUGUAACAUUUGAAGAUGCUGGGGAGUAUACGUGCUUGGCGGGUAAUUCUAUUGGGAUCUCCUUUCACACUGCUUCAUUGACGGUGCUUCCAGCCCUCGAGAAAUCCCCAGGGCCCAUUUCCCCAGACUAUGUGGAGAUUGCCAUAUACUGCGCGGGCGUCUUCCUCAUCGCCUGCAUGGUGGGCAUCGUGGUGGUGUGCCGCAUGAGGAACACCGCAAAGAAACCUGACUUUGGGGGCCAGCCUGCGGUCCACAAACUGAGCAAGCAGAUCCCUCUGCGCCGCCAGGUAACAGUGUCGGCAGACUCAAGCUCUUCCAUGAACUCCAGUACGCCGCUGGUACGCAUCACAACACGGCGGAGCUCUGCACACGAUGAUCCGAUCCCUGAGUACGACCUCCCCCAGGAUCCACGCUGGGAGUUUUCCCGAGACAGGUUGACCCUGGGCAAGCCCUUAGGUGAAGGCUGCUUUGGCCAAGUUGUAAUGGCAGAGGCCCUGGGCAUCGAUAAGGACAAACCCAAGGAGGCUGUAACUGUCGCUGUCAAGAUGCUGAAAGAUGACGCCACUGAGAAAGACCUGUCUGACCUGGUGUCAGAGAUGGAAAUGAUGAAGAUGAUUGGCAAACAUAAGAACAUCAUUAAUCUUUUGGGGGCCUGUACACAAGAGGGCCCCCUCUAUGUGAUAGUGGAGUACGCCUCCAAAGGCAACCUCAGGGAGUACCUCCGAGCCCGCCGUCCACCUGGCAUGGAGUACUCCUAUGACAUCGCCCGUGUCUCAGACGAACAGCUUACUUUCAAAGAUCUGGUCUCCUGCACUUAUCAGGUGGCACGGGGCAUGGAGUACCUAGCAUCACAGAAGUGUAUACACAGAGACCUGGCAGCCAGGAACGUCCUGGUCACAGAAAGCAACUUCAUGAAGAUCGCGGACUUCGGCCUGGCCAGGGACGUCCAUAACAUUGACUACUAUAAAAAGACGACCAAUGGUCGCCUCCCGGUAAAAUGGAUGGCUCCAGAGGCACUGUUUGACCGGGUCUACACACACCAGAGUGAUGUCUGGUCAUUUGGGGUGCUGAUGUGGGAGAUCUUCACCCUAGGGGGCUCCCCCUACCCUGGCAUCCCUGUUGAAGAGCUCUUCAAGUUGCUCAAAGAGGGACAUCGCAUGGACAAGCCGGGCAACUGCACCAACGAGCUGUACAUGAUGAUGAAAGACUGCUGGCAUGCCAUCUCAUCCCACAGACCUACCUUCAAGCAGCUAGUAGAGGAUCUGGAUCGCAUCCUCACCCUCAACACCAACGAGGAGUAUCUGGACCUGUGUGCCCCAGCAGAACAGUAUUCCCCCAGCUUCCCCGACACUCGCAGCUCCUGCUCCUCCGGUGACGACUCUGUGUUUUCCCACGAUCCCUUACCGGACGAGCCCUGCCUCCCCAAGUACCAGCACAUCAAUGGAAUCGUCAAAACAUGAGCCCCCACCCAGCCUCUCCUCCCCAGCUUGACCUGCCACAGUCUUAACCCUCGACGUAACAAAACACACGUAGCACAGCCCCGAAUCCUCCUAACCUCCUGCCGCCCCGUUUCACCCCUCUGGUUCCCAGUGGACUAAUGGACCCAGAUGGGACUGGGCUACUGGCAGCGCUGCUGUCACACACUCAUACUGCCAUGCACACACACACACACACACACACACACACA